AUGGACGAGACAAACCAGCUGGGCCCAGCCGGAGACGGUCAAAUAAACGCCAUUAUCGCGACAUUAAACGCCUUAAGAGCAUCGGUGGAAGAACUGAGGAACAGCACCGUCGAAAGCCAACGAGAUAUAAUAAGGUUGCGCGAGAACAUUCGGCCACAGGAAAUGGGUGAGCAAAACGUGACAAUACAGCCAGCACCACGCGAAUCGAGCAUAGUCGCCAUGCCAUCGACAGAUUCGACAGUCAAACUCUACGAUUUGCCCACGUUUGCCGGUAAUGCGGAAGAAUGGCCGCUGUUUUUUGCCAACUAUAACGACACCACCGAGGCAUUCGGAUACAGCCAUCGCCAAAACUUAAUGCGACUACAGAAGUGCCUUGUAGGCCCUGCAAAAGAAGCAGUGGCAGCGAUGCUAAUUCACCCAAACGAUGUGCCAAACGUUUUAAGGGAGUUAGAAUUUAGGUUUGGUCGGCCAGAUAUUCUAGUUAAACAUCAGAUACAAAAACUACAGCAGUUUCCGCCAAUCGUCGAGCAGAAACUGGAACAGAUUGUGCCAUUUUCGUCCAGAGUACGCAACGUGGUAGCCUUCCUGAAAUCCGCAAAAUGUCACCAGCAUCUAGCAAAUGUCUCCCUGCUAGAACAAAUGGUAUGUAAACUACCGCAAAAUAAGCAGUUUGACUGGGCCAAACAUUCAGUCACCAUUAGACCGUAUGCAACUAUAGAAGACUUCAGUACGUGGUUGAGCGAGCUAGCCAGAGUCGUGUGCCUGAUGCCAACUACUACACACAGUACCAGAACUAAUGCGCCAUCUGGUAAUCCUCGUCGUGUAAUGCAUAUUCAGGAGGAAAGAGCAGAGGAAGCAGCAAAAUGUCUUCAUUGCAGCGGUGAUCAUCCUAUCCUGAAGUGCGCUUCGUUCAAAGCCGCAGACGUGCAAGCCAGAUGGGAAUUUGUGAAGAAUCGCCAGUUGUGUUUCUCCUGCUUGCGAAAGGGUCACAUUACUGGAAAAUGUCGUUCAAGGAAACUGUGCGGCAUAAACGGAUGUCAGCGUUAUCACAGUCAUCUCUUACACAACAAUGAAGUUCCACUCACAACAUCGCGCCAAAUCGCUCAAUGUGUUAGAAGUGUGCAGCCCGUGUUAAACUGUCGCCUCGUUCAUGGAACGUCCAAGCAGCUGUUCAAGAUGUUGCCUAUCAACAUUUACGGACCGAACGGUAAAUACGAAAUUUUAGCAAUGUUUGAUGAGGGUUCUGCCAUCACAAUUUUAGAGGAAGACAUCGCCAGAAAGAUCGGGGUUCGUGGCCAGAGUCACCCUCUCACGCUUCAGUGGUAUGACGACUGA